GCACCCUUUAAAGCCGCGCAGCCCACCCGCUUCUCUCCGUCUUCGUUUAUGGGAAGGCUGAGCACAUCCUCUUGGAUAAGUGGACGGCAAAAAUGAAGCACAUGCCUACGCUUCUGAUGAGGUCAUUCUCAGCUUGUUCUUUGCCAGCUACCCCAACCACACUUCAAGAAAUUGCCUACUCAAAUUCCAAAGGUUUUGCAAAGGUUGUGCUAAAGAAGGGAAAAACACAACUCUUUAAGGAUGGCAACCCAAUGGUGUAUAGCGGAGCAGUUGAUAGAAUAAUUGGGAGGCCACCACCUAAGACUGGAGACAUUGUUUUGGUAGCUGAUGGGACUGAAAAGCCAAUUGGUUGGGGCUUGUAUAACUCAGUUUCGAUGUUCUGUGUUCGGCUCAUGCAACUUGAAGUUGAAGCUACUAGUGACUCAUCAUGUGCAUUGAACAUGGAGAAACUGCUUGAAAAGAGAAUUAAUGAAGCUGUUGAUUUGCGUAGAAGGUUGGGUCUUCCUUCAGUCCAUACAAAUGCUUAUCGUCUAAUAAAUAGCGAGGGUGACAGAUUAUCAGGUUUGAUUGUUGAUGUCUUUGGAGAUGUAGCUGUAGUUGCAUCAUCCGCAGCUUGGGUUGAGAAAUACAAAUCAGAGAUAGAGGCGUGCAUCUGGAAAAUCAACUAUAUCAAUCAUGUAAAUUGGAGGCCAUCUGUUGAUAUUUUAAAGGAAGAUGGAGUUGAUUUGUCUCAUUCAAAGGAAUUACAUUCAUCUAACUGUCCUGAAAGAACAAAGAUUAUGGAAAAUGGGAUUGUAUACACGGUUUCACUGAAAGGCCAGAAGACAGGAUUUUAUGCAGACCAGCGUGAGAAUCGACAGUUUAUAUCAAGCAUUUCAGAUGGUCAAAAGGUUCUUGACCUUUGUUGUUACAGCGGUGGGUUUGCUCUAAAUGCAGUACGUGGAGGUGCCAUAAAUGUCACUGGUAUUGACACAUCAUUGCCAGCGCUGGAUCUUGCUAAAGAAAAUGUGGUGCUAAACAAUUUGGAUCCAGGAAGAAUAUCAUUUUUCAGAGAAGAUGCAACUGAAUUUAUGAAGGAUGCUCAGUUAAGGGAUGCAUCCUGGGAUAUUGUCAUCAUUGACCCUCCUAAACUGGCGCCAACAAAGAAGGCUUUACAUGGUGCAUCUGGUAUGUACAGAAAAUUGAAUUCGUUUGCGAUGCAACUUACUAAAAGAGGUGGUCUUUUGAUGACCUGUUCAUGUUCUGGAGCUAUGACCCAAAGUGGAACAUUCCUGCAUAUCCUUCAGGGUGCAGCUGCUAUGGCUGGGAGAAAAAUCACAGUUCUGAGACAGGCCGGAGCAGCUUGUGAUCAUCCUAUUGAUCCAUCAUACCCAGAAGGCGCGUACCUAUCUAACAUUCUAUUAAGAGUCACAUGAUUAUUAUUUAAAUUCAUUCAUUUACUAACAUCAGAAUUUUUAGGAAUUUAAUUCUAAUUAAUUUUUGGUUGAUUUUCAUUAAGAUAAUAGUAAUUAUGUUCUAUCUUUUUGUGUACAAUAAUUAACUUCAAUUUGGUAUAAAUUGAGUUUAAUUAUUAUUAUUA